AUGUUUACACACUCAAAAAAACGACCGUUGUUCCCGAUCAAAAACAAAAUAAACACCGAGGUCGUGACGAAAAAGAAUGUUGAAGAAACAAAGGAAUUCAAUUUCAAUUUUGAAAGCUCGGAAGAGGCUGAGGUCGACGAUAAAUGGUUUGACAAGAUGACAAUAGACAGCGGAGAAGUUGCACUCAAAAACACUUCGCUCGCGGCUAUGGACUUUUCAGAUGAGGAGCUGUUGUUUGACACAAAGCAAAAUUCUGAGAUAGUCAAAGAACCUCACAAGACUUUACCUAAAAUUAGUAUUGAAAAGGGAAGUGGUGAGAAUGGUGUAAAAGUUGUUAUGGAUUCUCAGAAUGGAAAAGAAGAGAAGAUAGUUGUUGGGCCAAAUAAAGUUGGUGUGGAAAAUGGGGAAUUCCCAAUUCAAAAAUCACACAGAGAUGAAAAAAAUAUCGCCAUUCCAAAGGCCGAACCACAAAAGAAUGGAAUUGUGCCAGAAAUCGUUCAGAAAGCCUCACUCAAGAGCCCCGCACUACCAGAGAAAGGGGUACAACAGAUUACCGAAAAGGAAAAACUACAACCUACUUUACAGAAAACACCAGAAAAAGUGACAACAACACUUCAGAAUACACCCGUUGCAACAGUAACAAAAACCACCCAACAAACACAAAACACAGUAAAACGCAUUUCUCUUCAGACAAAGCCAAUGUUUAAAAAGCCACACCUUUCGAUUAAACGAUUCAAGUUUUCUGCGCCGACUGCAAAAACGAAGUUGAUGGACAAAAUAGGAAAGAUGAAAAGGGACAUCAACUUAGACAUCAAAAGCAUUUGUUCGCAGACAAGCAACGAAAUGAAAAUGGAAGAUCAGAAAAUUGAAGUUGCAGUUGAAGGACAAGCCCAGCAAGGAGUUGAGAAAAUAAACGAAAAAAUGAAUGAACUCAAUGUGAUACAACAACCAAACACGGUUAAUUUUGGUAAAACCAAAAACGUUCAAGAAAAAGAAACAUCGCCACAACUUGAAGCCGAAGAAAACACAGAAAGGAAUGAAAAAAUGGUUACCACUACGAAAGAACAAGAAACUGAAAAAAAACAGAAAGUCGUCGAAAAAACGUAUGAUAGGAAAGAUGCAAAAAUUGACAAUUUUUCGGAGGAAGAACGACAGUUGAUAAAAAAGACAAAGAAACCAAUUGAAAGCAUCGAAGAGGUGCGUCCACAAUUGAAGCGUGUUAUCCAAUUAAAGGAAGAUCCGUCCCAAAAGUUCGAAAUCAAGAAAAUAGAAAUUCACAAUAUUUUUGACGAUGUUAUGGAACCAACAGAGGCACUUAAACGGAUCCACACAGCAGCACAGAUGGUAAACUUUCUUCCAAUCAAUAAAGAAAUGCAGGCGGAAAAGUUGUUUCUCGUUCCAAACCCAAUUCCAGUUCCUUUUCCACAGAACAACGAAGAAACGCAAAUUGCUCUUUCCAUUUGCGACGAAUUUUUGUAUAAAACAGAAGAAAGCCUUGAAGUGUUUCUGCCCGCUCUCAACAAACAAGCCAAUUGUCUUCUCGAGCAACUCAAAGCUUUCAAAAAAGAGAAGGUAGACAUCGAAGCAACAGUGCUAAAGAAUGACAAAAAAAUCCGAGACCUUCUCGAGAACGUUCAGAGGAACCUUCUAUAG